GGCGGCGGGAGCGCGCCCGUUGCAAGAUGGCGGCGGCCAUGCUGGGCCCCGGGGCUGUGUGUGCGCAGCGGGCGGCGGCACGGCCCGGAAGGCUGGCGCGGCGACGGCGUUAGCCCGGCCCUCGGCCCCUCUUUGCGGCCGCUCCCUCCGCCUCUUCCCUCCUUGCCCGAGAUGGAUCUGCCCGUGGGCCCCGGCGCGGCGGGGCCCAGCAACGUCCCGGCCUUCCUGACCAAGCUGUGGACCCUCGUGAGCGACCCGGACACCGACGCCCUCAUCUGCUGGAGCCCGUUGCCUGGCAGCAGGCUUGUUUACAUGGUCCGACCCUGCAAGACCGGACAGCUCCGGUUUGCAGAAGUAAAUCAGUGAUUGUCUGGAGUUGGAGAUCAGAAUCUGCUGUUCACAUCCCGGCUGUGACGUCGUGUCCGAGCGGGAACAGCUUCCACGUGUUCGACCAGGGCCAGUUUGCCAAGGAGGUGCUGCCCAAGUACUUCAAGCACAACAACAUGGCCAGCUUCGUGCGGCAGCUCAACAUGUAUGGCUUCCGGAAAGUGGUCCACAUCGAGCAGGGCGGCCUGGUCAAGCCAGAGAGAGACGACACGGAGUUCCAGCACCCAUGCUUCCUGCGUGGCCAGGAGCAGCUCCUUGAGAACAUCAAGAGGAAAGUGACCAGUGUGUCCACCCUGAAGAGUGAAGACAUAAAGAUCCGCCAGGACAGCGUCACCAAGCUGCUGACGGACGUGCAGCUGAUGAAGGGGAAGCAGGAGUGCAUGGACUCCAAGCUCCUGGCCAUGAAGCAUGAGAAUGAGGCUCUGUGGCGGGAGGUGGCCAGCCUUCGGCAGAAGCAUGCCCAGCAACAGAAAGUCGUCAACAAGCUCAUUCAGUUCCUGAUCUCACUGGUGCAGUCAAACCGGAUCCUGGGGGUGAAGAGAAAGAUCCCCCUGAUGCUGAACGACAGUGGCUCAGCACAUUCCAUGCCCAAGUACGGCCGGCAGUUCUCCCUGGAGCACGUCCACGGCUCGGGCCCCUACUCGGCCCCCUCCCCAGCCUACAGCAGCUCCAGCCUCUACGGCCCUGAUGCUGUGGCCAGCUCUGGACCCAUCAUCUCCGACAUCACCGAGCUGGCUCCUGCCAGCCCCGUGGCCUCCCCCGGCGGGAGCAUAGACGAGAGGCCCCUAUCCAGCAGCCCCCUGGUGCGUGUCAAGGAGGAGCCCCCCAGCCCGCCUCAGAGCCCCCGGGUAGAGGAGGCGAGUCCCGGGCGCCCAUCUUCCGUGGACACCCUCUUGUCCCCGACCGCCCUCAUUGACUCCAUCCUGCGGGAGAGUGAACCUGCCCCCGCCUCCGCCACAGCCCUCACGGACGCCAGGGGCCACACAGACACCGAGGGCCGGCCUCCCUCCCCCCCGCCCACCUCCACCCCUGAAAAGUGCCUCAGCGUAGCCUGCCUGGACAAUUUGGCUCGCACUCCACAGAUGUCUAGGGUCGCCCGCCUCUUCCCCUGCCCCUCUUCCUCUCCGCAUGGCCAAGUCCAGCCAGGGAAUGAGCUCAGUGACCACUUGGAUGCUAUGGACUCCAACCUGGAUAACCUGCAGACCAUGCUGAGCAGCCACGGCUUCAGCGUGGACACCAGUGCCCUGCUGGACCUGUUCAGCCCCUCGGUGACCGUGCCCGACAUGAGCCUGCCUGACCUUGACAGCAGCCUGGCCAGUAUCCAAGAGCUCCUGUCUCCCCAGGAGCCCCCCAGGCCUCCCGAGGCAGAGAACAGCAGCCCGGAUUCAGGGAAGCAGCUGGUGCACUACACAGCGCAGCCGCUGUUCCUGCUGGACCCCGGCUCCGUGGACACCGGGAGCAACGACCUGCCGGUGCUGUUUGAGCUGGGAGAGGGCUCCUACUUCUCCGAAGGGGACGGCUUCGCCGAGGACCCCACCAUCUCCCUGCUGACAAGCUCGGAGCCUCCCAAAGCCAAGGACCCCACUGUCUCCUAGAGGCCCUGGAGGAGCUGGGCCAGCCGCCCACCCCCAGCCCCAGUGCAGGGCUGGUCUUGGGGAGGCAGGGCAGCCUCGCGGUCUUGGGCACUGGUGGGUCGGCCGCCAUAGCCCCAGUAGGACAAACGGGCUCGGGUCUGGGCAGCACCUCUGGUCAGGAGGGUCACCCUGGCCUGCCAGUCUGCCUUCCCCCAACCCCGUGUCCUGUGGUUUGGUUGGGGCUUCACAGCCACACCUGGACUGACCCUGCAGGUUGUUCAUAGUCAGAAUUGUAUUUUGGAUUUUUACACAACUGUCCCGUUCCCCGCUCCACAGAGAUAUACAGAUAUAUACACACAGUGGAUGGACGGACAAGACAGGCAGAGAUCUAUAAACAGGCUCUAUGCUA